AUGGCUAAAUGUCCAGAGCAACAUGAUGAGAAAAACCCUAAUUGUCUUUACGCUAAUCCAGAUGAUUGUUGUUCAUUCUAUCAGUGCGCUAACGGUAAACCAUAUUUGAUGAAAUGUCCUGAGGGUUUGCAAUGGAAUUCGAAACAACUAUGGUGCGAUUGGCCAGAAAAUUCUGAUUGUGGGGUUGAUGGUAAAAGUGCAGAUCAUAAGGUCGAAGAACAUAAGACUAAUAACAAUCCACCCGAUAGUGAACACGAUAGUGAACACGAUAGUGAGCACGAUAGUGAACACGAUAGUGAACCUGAUGGUGAACCUGAUGGUGAGCCUGAAGGUGAACCAGAUGAACAUGAUGGUGAACAUGAGAGUGAAACUCAGUAA